GAGUCCAUUGGUAGCACGUGACUGGGGAGACGACAACUGCAGCGUGUGCUUUCGUUUUAAAAGCAAAAUAUGCGAUUAUAUUGUCUUAUUUGUCUGUUAUAUUAGCACUAAUUACGAGUAAUGAUAAUUUUCACGGUCUUCUACUAAAAGUGAGACGCUCCGCUCCUUUAAUCGACGUUAAGCGUCUACAUUUGAUAAGAUUAGCUUGUUAGCUGCCACUCUGUUGUACUGUAACGUCAACUGAACAGGAUGAGCUAACUUACCGUUCAUUUCACAAACUCUGGAUUUUAAAAAAUCUGAAUAAAGAUGUCUCAGAGGAAGAGAGUCGCGGCUGUGGGCUCCCAGAACAAAAAUUUAAGGCGGUCACAGCAGGUUGUCCUGGAUGAGGAUGAUGACGUUGACAUGUCCUUAACGCAGCCAACUUCAUCACAGGUCCAAAAGGCCAGGGAGAACUUCACACCUGUUCAGGUGGAUCGUAAGGUUGCUGAAGUGGUGCAAUUCAUCCUGAUAAAGGACCAGAAGAAAAUACCCAUCCGCAGAGCAGAUAUUGCCAAACAUGUAAUAAAGGAGUACAAAGCCUUAUACCAAGACAUUAUGAAGAGAGCUGACCGCACAUUUGAGCAGGUUUUUGGACUAAAGCUUGUAGAGAUAGACUCCAAGAAUCAUAUUUACAUCUUAGUCAACAAGCUGCAGCCUGUGCCUGGGGAGCCAAUCAGCAUGUGUCCUGGAAACCCGAAGACAGGACUGCUGUUUGUCAUUCUCAGUAUUAUUUUCAUGAAGGGAGGAACCGUCAAAGAAAAUGUGGUGUGGAACACCCUGAAGAAGCUGAGAGUGGACGUUGGGGAGAAGCAUGAGGACUUUGGUGAUGUGAAGAAAGUGAUCAUCGAUGAGUUUGUGCGACAAAAAUACCUGGAGUACGUGCGAAUCCCCCACACUGAUCCGCUGGAGUUUGAGUUUCGCUGGGGCCAGAGGGCUGAGAAGGAGGUGUCCAAGAUGAAAAUGCUCGAAUUCAUCGGGGAGCUACACAACCAAGAGCCUCAGUCCUGGACUCAGCAAUACAGGGAGGCCACUUCUGCAGAAAGCAGCCAGAGAUAACAGAACAGAACAAGAGACUCAGGGCGGAGGCGUGUGUGUGUCUGUCUGUAUAAGAAUGAUACUAUUGGGAUAUACAAACCACUUUAAAGCUGUUCAACUCUGAUUUUGUCAAGUAGAAUAACUACUUAUUGAGCAAAAUCUGGUUCAGAAAGUUAGUCAAUUUUUCAGGUUUAAGUUUUUUUAUAUACCAUUUGAAAACACCAGUUUUCUUUACAUCGUGUGAACAAUUCAUGACUAAUGAACCAACAGAAAUUGUGCUUGUUAAAUGCACUUACUUUGAAGCUGAGACCAGGUUUCCUUGUCCUGUAAAAGUACCAUUUAGGAGGUAACUGGUUUUGUUCUGACAGCCAUGUUAGUGUGUAAAAUGCUUAAACGUUCUUGUGUUAUUUUUCUUUUGUGCUGCAAUAGAAUUAAUGUGAUAUUAAUGUCAUAAAAUUAUAAGCAAAACCUCUUAGCUACAGAUGCCAGGGGGACAAAAAGAAGUUAAAAAAAUUAAAGUUCACAUAUUUUGAGGUUACUUUUUUAUACCAGCAGUUUCCACGGUAAUGAAAGAUCCUGUAUUUUAUUAACUUAUUCAACAAAAAUAAAGCUAUCUUCUCUUUGUA